AUACCGUACAUGAUUGAAUGGGCAUGCAUGUACUAUGUCUUGUAUUGUGUAAGAUUAAGAAUUUUUGAGAUUUCAUCAUAUUAUUAUUAAAGACAAAGUGAAUAUCCUUGCAUAAAUAUCAAUUUCAAGAUGUUACCUAUAACGACAAUGAUAAGGAGGACCGGGGCUCUUCAACGAACUUCACAGAGACUUCAGCAGUGUGUGAUUACCCAACAUGCAAGGUGCGUUUCAAGUGGUGCAGUGAACACAGUUAUCCUGUUUGUACCUCAGCAGGAAGCAUGGGUAGUGGAGAGGAUGGGCAGGUUCUACAAAACUCUUCAACCUGGAUUGAAUCUACUGAUUCCAGUGCUUGACAAGAUCAAGUAUGUUCAGAGUUUGAAAGAAAUUGCUAUUGACAUUCCAGAGCAAAGUGCAGUGACUCAUGAUAAUGUGACACUAAGGAUAGAUGGAGUUCUGUAUCUAAGAGUCAUGGAUGCGUACAAGGCCAGCUAUGGUGUUGAGGAUCCUGAGUAUGCCGUCACACAGCUAGCACAGACAACAAUGAGAUCAGAGAUUGGUAAAAUAUCUCUUGAUCAUGUCUUUAAGGAAAGAGAAUCUUUAAACAUCAAUAUAGUGGAGGCUAUAAACAAUGCAGCCAUGGAACCAUGGGGGAUCAAGUGUCUUAGGUAUGAAAUCAAGGACAUUGAACUGCCUUCCAAAGUCAAGGAAGCUAUGCAGAUGCAGGUUGAAGCAGAAAGACGCAAGAGAGCUGUGGUAUUAGAAUCAGAAGGUAUACGAGAGUACGAGAUCAAUGUAGCAGAGGGCAAGAAGAAUGCCACCAUUCUAGCUUCAGAAGCCAUUAAGAGAGAAGAGAUUAACAGAGCUGACGGAGAGGCAGCAGCUGUUAUAGCCAAGGCCAAAGCUAGAGCAGAAGCCCUCACAAAGAUAUCACAAGCCAUGAGUGCAAAGGAUGGUCCAAAUGCAGCAAAUCUAGUGGUAGCAGAGCAGUAUGUAGCAGCCUUUAGUAAACUAGCCAAGACCUCCAAUACCAUAGUUCUUCCAUCAAAUACUGGUGACAUCAGCAGCAUGGUCGGCCAGGCAAUGGCCAUCUACGGCAAUCUAGCCAACCACCAGAAGCAGCUUGAUGCCGCCGAACCGGAGGAUCCCGACUCCACCACCCCCACGGAGGAGAUCCACCCCACCCAGGAAAUUGACAGAUUCCUGUUGACAGGGAAGAAAACAUCAGUUGCCGGGGACGACACCCUAAAAUCGCGACUCAGUCUGGGAAACCUCACUGAGGAAGAUAAAAAGUCAUAGCAGCGGUUGAGUGAAGAUUGACAAUGAAUGGACUUGAACUUUUGUCAAGAUUGUUUUUCAACCUCUGAGAAAUGUCAGAAGAUGGAAAUGAAGAUAGUAUGACUGCCUGUCACAAACCCAUGAUGCGAUUGUAGUCAUAAAAAAGAAGGAGGAACAUAUAAGAUGAUGAUAUAGAUUUGAAUGAAUGACUGGUUUUGCACACAUGACUGGGAAUUUCUUUCGCUCUAAUGGUUGGUAAUUGUUAGUCAUAAAUAAAGUAUUGUGACCAGUCAUUAUUUUGAGAUAUGGGUAAUUUAUCAAACAUGGUUUCACAUCAGAAUUUUAUUUAAAUUAAGCGAUGCACCUCAUGUUGUCAAGGUAUUAGUAUAAUUACCCAUAAUUAGUCCCUGUGGACAGUCCAAACACCCUCAUCUAUUGCAUCAAAUGUCUGAGAACCUGUAAAGUACAUUGUGUGGGAAAUUCUUACUAAAUGCCCUUAUUGAUGUGUACUUCAAUAAGCCUGGAGUGCUUCAUAUUCUUGUUGCAAGUAUCAAAUUCAGAUAAUUCUACCUUGUCUAAAGUUUGGUAAAUUUUCAAGGAUUUGAAUUUGACAGUCCAAUAAAAUUUGGCACCUUCUCUUGGUAAUGUUAAUAUUUUUCCCUCUUAAAAGCCCUUCAUAUACCAGUCUUGAAGAUUGAGUUGUAUAUCUGGAAGCUGCAAAAAAUUAUUGGAUCCUUCAAAGUUUCAAUGCUCUUCAUACAUACAUGAGAAGUGGUUUUAAAUGGAUAAAGGGCAAAUUAAGGGGGACCCAAUUUUCUACUUCAGACAAUUUAAUUUGAACUUAUUUGUUAUGCAUAUUUCACACAAAUUAUAGGGCAAAGAGAGAUCUAAAUUUGAGACUAUUUGAUGUAUGUUUUCUAACACAUUACCCAAUUAUAUUUUGAAAUUUGAAUUGUAGUUUGACCAAUAAUAUUAUAAAUGCAGAAUAGUGCUUUGGCAAAAUACCCUUUUCAACGUGGAAUACCAGCUUGAAGCAUGGGGCUUCAAAGCCAAGUGGAAUUUUAGAACUCUUGCAUUUUCAUAAUUUAUCCCCUUUCUAUCACUUCCCUGCUCUGGUUUUGGGUUAUCCAGUCGGCUAUUUAAUCCUGGUUAAUCAAGGGUGGUGUGUAUUUUUACAUGUUUCCUUCAGAGGUACCCAUGUUUGACCUUUGCUAAAAGCAUCGGUGCAAAAUGAACGAAUAUGGCCUCAUUUUUUUGUGCAGAUAUAUAUAUGGAGAAAACAUGGAAGAGGGCAAUAUGGUAAAUGAUGCCCUCUCCCUGAUUUGGAUGCAGGGUAAUGUGUCACAUUUGGAUUUUUAUUUUGCAGCUAAAAUGCAUCCUGUAUUUGAUAAUAAAUUGAUAUACACAAUGUCCACGUUUUCUUUUGUAGGAAAUUCUCAUGGAAUGAGAAACAAAGACAUACAAUGGCAUACAUGUAUCUGCAUGAAUGUAUUUUGUACCGUUAACACUUUCAACUAACUGUCAUAUUUGAUGAGAUAAUAGAUUUGAUUUUUUUCUUUGUUGGAUAUUAAUAUUUGUGCUCUCUGAUAACCUUCUUUGCUUAUUUUUUUUCAGUUAUGUUAUGCUUUCAAUAAAGCUCUGGAAUCCAAUGUAUGUUCAAUAGUAUACAAAUAAUGAAUGUUUAUGAGUGCAAUGGACAGAAUACUUCAUGAGAUGAAAGACGAAAUGAUCCAUUCAACGACGCGUAGCCGAGUUGAAUGGAUCAAUAUUUCAUCUUUCACCGAAUGAAGUAUUUUGUCCAUUGCACGAAUGAAAAAAACAUUCAUUAUUUGGUUUAUACGACACCUAAAAAUUUUUUUUUUUUUUUGGUCAUAUGAAAUUUAUGAAUUUCGAUGCAAAAUAUGCUCAUGCAGUGCGAGUUCGGUCUGUUGAUUGUCAGGUCAUUACAACACGUGCACUGCUGGUGCCUGCAGCUGCAGUCUGGGUGCGCGAGUGCAAUGGACAAAAUCGUAUGGAUCCAAAAUUGCACGGUUGAUGACGUCAUUGCAAAAUGGGCUGAAUGAAUGAUAUCAAACAACCAAUCAAAUCACAAGGAUCUAUCUAGGUGUCAUAUUAUAGAAUAUAUUGAGCAUACUGUUCAUUCUAUUACCAGUACCUUACCCAAUACCAAAGUUUUACCCACCAUUUUCUCUACUCAAUUUCCUGAUUUUUUUUUCUCCCAUUGCCUUUGGCAUAUUACAAUUCUAUUUAAUCUGAGGAAGAGGAGUUAGAUCAAAUGGUUAUUAAACUAUGAAGUUGUAGUCAAAAUAUUUAAUAAAGUACAUCGGAAGAGACCAAAUUGGGUAAGACCUGGGCCCGUCUUACAAAGAGUUGUGAUCAAUCCGAUCAAACUCUGCUGAAUGGAAAUCCAUUGAUGUCAUAAUUUUUUCUAUGUAGUUUGCAUAAUGUCCUUUGUAAGCAAAGAGAAGCACACUGAAUUUUCAAGAAAUCAAUGAAUGUAUGAACAUAAAUCAGAUUUAGAAAAUAUUUUGAAAUACGUGCAUUUUAGAUGUUGAUGUUGCUGGCUUUCCAUAGUUGUGGAUGAUCAGAUCAAUCGCAAGUCAUUGUAAGAUGGGGCCAGGUGGCUAAUGAAAGUGGGCCUUAUUGCCUUGGUUAAAAUAAGUGUUUUCGGUUUGUUCAAAAUAUUUUGAACAAACAUGCAUUUUAGAUGUUGAUGUUGCUGGCUUUCCAUAGUUGUGGAUGAUCAGAUCAAUCACAAGUCAUUGUAAGAUGGGGCCAGGUGGCUAAUGAAAGUGGGCCUUAUUGCCUUGGUUAAAAUAAGCGUUUUCGGUUUGUUCAAAAUAUUUUGAACAAACAUGCAUUUUAGAUGUUGAUGUUGCUGGCUUUCCAUAGUUGUGGAUGAUCAGAUCAAUCACAAGUCAUUGUAAGAUGGGGCCAGGUGGCUAAUGAAAGUGGGCCUUAUUGCCUUGGUUAAAAUAAGUGUUUUCGGUUUGUUCAAAAUAUUUUGAACAAACAUGCAUUUUAGAUGUUGAUGGCUUUCGAUAGUUUUCAUUGAUCGAUCAAUCGCAACAUUUUGAAAGAAGUGGGCCUUAAUGCCUUGGUUAAAAUAGUAUUGGGUUGUCUCCAUGCAGAUGGAGAGGUUGAUUUGUCAUGUAUGUCGAAACAUGUGCGAUCAUGUCGUAUUUAAACCAAUUUUCUUAAUAUUUUAGUAUAUAUCAAAGGUUUAACACAUUUUAAGAGUUGAAGGAGAAACCUUUCAACAUGGAAAGAAAAUAAGGUGCAGUGCUGUUUUGUCUCUUUCAGGCAAGAGUAUGAACUCUUUUUGCAGAAAUAAAGAGAUAAUGGAGUAGUGGUCAAAGUAAA